ACCAAGCUAAAACCGAUAAAUGACAGUCAUAGCACGUCCGUUUAGAACACUGUGGGUGACGUCACCGACGCUGCGUCCAUGUUCUGCUGGAGCUCGUGGAGGGAGCACGGUGUGUUAACAUCGGGAUUAUACACUGGACCUUAUCCCGUACCAUUCUGUGGCAGACAUUAAUGCUGUAACACUGAAUGCCUAACAUAACGGUGUUUAGGAGGCCGGAGUCCGCAGAUCGGUGCGAAUGAAACCAGUUGCUGACGGAGGACCUUGAGGAGCAGCUCCGGGAUUUCACCGCUGUGUCUGGAGAGCAGAGAAUGCCGUCUCUGUCGGAGCAGCUGCAGGAAGUGCGGAGUCGAGCUGAAGUGUGUCUGUACUCUGGGGGCAGGGUGGUAGAGGUGCGUGCCGGGGUGAUGGCUAUGGCUAAUCUGCCUUUACCACCCUGCUCCAAAUACCACCACAUCGCUGCAGAGACCAUGGUCAUAGAAAACAGCUUUGGCAGCAACAGAAAGGAGACCCUUGCAUCUCUUCAGCGCUUGUCUACAGCCCUGAACAUCCUGGAAAAGUAUGGCUGUAACUUAACAAACCCCAACAGGCCAAAGUACUGGAGGACUGUGAAACACAACAACCCAGUGUUCAGGGCCACUGUUGAUGCCAUUCAGGGAGGAAGAGCGGUUCUCUGUCUCUAUGGUUACUCCAAUCAACAGCCAGAUGGGCUCAGCUUCCCCGAUGAUGUCACAGAUCCUGAUGUGGGCCGAGUUGCUGCAGUAACACUGGAAGUGAUGAGUCUGAGGAUGGAACUAGAAAUGCUUAUCAAGGAGGCUCACCCCCACCCUGAGUUCUAUGAGAGAAUCAUUCCUACACUGAGACACAAGGAUGUUGGUCUCAAUACUGAUGCUGUAGUCUACCACUCCUCCUCCACUUCAUGCCACUCAGAUGGUCAGACCAAGUCUCUAGCUUUCCCCCUCCACCAUCACUCAUCCAAGGAGGGCAGCCAUGGCCACUCCCUGUCCUCCAACCACCAAAGUCUCAGGUCCAUUCAGGUCUUUUCCACCUCCUCAAACAAACACCCAGAGAACUGCACUGUCUGUGGAAUAUUCCGAAUCUCUGCCCACUGCCUCACCUGCCUCCAGGGCCUCUGCUCUGAAUGUGACAGACUGUACCACUCCUACCCCGAGAGGACCAACCACCGUCGAACAGCAGUCACUUUAUCAUCAUCAUCAACAUCAUCAUCAUCAUCAUCAUCAUCCAAAAACCGGAGCAGUCACAGUUCUUCGACCUGGUGUUGCCUUCACUGCUCUAAAGUCAACUCAAUCCAGGAUGUACUCUGUGAGGACUGUGAGCGCCCUCGCUUGGAAUCCAUCAGCUCUAAAGCAGAUGAAUCUCAGCCUGCCACCAUCACUGAGUGGCAGUGUAAGAGCUGUACCAUGGUGAAUGCAGCCAGCAGUAUUCUGUGUGAGGUGUGUGAAAGACCUCGUUUGGCCACACGACCUCCAGUGACCCCAUCACACCCACCCAUCACUCCACCUAGACCACCAGCACCAGUACUGGGCAUGCCUGGUGACCCUGACAGCCAGUGGGUGUGUCAGUUCUGUACCUAUCUGAACUACUCUCCUGCUACAGUGUGUGAGAUGUGUGACCUGGCUCGUCCAGAGCCUGCACCCCUGCCUGUGAAGCUCCGCCCUCCCUCUCCUGUCAGAAGGGUCCCUGCCCUGCCAAUCAAACCCAAAGAGCCCGCCCCUGAAGACCUUGACUCCUGGAGGCAGAGACUGAUGAAGGAGGAGGGGCUUAAGCUGAUUCAGUUAAUAAGAGAUGGGGAGAAGAAAGGAGUUAGUCCAGAGGAGGUGUACACAAGCAUGAGAGUAGCUGGGGACAGCAGCAUCCUACCCUGCAAGUGGUUAAAGACAGAGCUUCCUCUGCUGUUAGACCAGAUCAGGAUAUUGGUGGCAACAUCCUCCCUUAAGUCUGUUUCUGACAAGAGCACAACAGAGCACAUGAACAGGUCAUGUGACACUCCCACUGAGGAUGCUGGGAAAGGGGUGUACCCUGUAAAAACUGAAAGCGUGGUCCAGCUGUCCAGAGCAGAGGCCAAGCAAGCCUGGCUGACAGCAGGGGGUGACACUGAGAGAGCUGCCAGACAAGCACUGAGAGACAGACUUGCCAAGGUAAAGGAGCUGUGUGCAUUAGGCUUCAGUGAUGAGGCUCGCUGCCAUGAUGUUUUGAGACAGAGUGGUGGCGAGGUGAGAGGGGCCCUGGCCCUGCUGCAGCGACCCCUUCUGGAGCCCUUCCACAACCGCAUUUGGAGUGACAAGCCUGAGCCUCCUGUAGACAUCCAUCACCCUGACAAACAGCGGAUAUGUAGGAGGUUACUAGCAGUGUACGAUCUUCCUAGCUGGGGUCGUUGUGAGCUGGCACUGUCGCUGCUUCUGGAGCACAGUGCCCCCUACUCGCUGGAGGAUGUUGUGCAGGCUGUACGAGAGUCCCAUGACAGGGAGUUUAUCAAGAGAGUGCUUGCUAAAGAGUGUCCCAUCUGUCUGUCUGUCUUCCCCCACAGCAAGAUGCAGUCUCUGACAUCGUGUCAGUGUUCAGUAUGCUGUGGUUGUUUCCAGCAGCACUUCACUAUCGCUGUAAGGGACAAACACAUCAGGGACAUGGUGUGUCCGGUCUGCUGGGAACCCAACAUUAACGACCCUGAACACCUCAACAGCUACUUCUCCACUCUGGACAUCCAGCUGAGAGAGUGCCUGGAGCCAGAGGUCUAUGAGCUGUUCCAUAAGAAACUGACAGAGCAGGCUCUAAUCAAGGAUCCCAAGUUCCUCUGGUGUUGUCAUUGUUCAUAUGGGUUUAUCUAUGAUGGAGACCAGCUGAAGGUUUCCUGUUUUCAGUGUCGCAACAGUUUCUGUGCUCAGUGUAAAAAGCCUUGGGAGUCUCAGCAUGCAGGUCUGUCCUGCGAACAGUACCAGUCAUGGAAAAGAGAGAAUGAUCCAGAGUAUCAGAGACAGGGUCUGGCUGGAUACCUCAGAGACAACGGCAUCACCUGUCCUAACUGCCGCUUCCAGUAUGCGCUGUCUAAAGGAGGCUGUAUGCAUUUCUGCUGCUCACAGUGUCGUUAUCAGUUCUGCAGUGGCUGCAACAACCCUUUCCACACUACCUGUGCAGUGGAUGAGUGCAGUGUGUCUGGACUACAUGCCCAUCAUCCCAGAGACUGUCUUUUCUAUCUGAGAGACUGGGAACCUUCCAGACUGCAGGCUUUACUCCAGAAUAAUGAAGUGGCCUUCAACACUGAACCCCCUCCUGGAACACAGACAGGUCUGUGUGGAGUGAUAGAGCAGAAGGAUGAGGGAGGGCAGCAGCCAGAUUCAGCCUGUGGAGCUCAGACCCAACCUGGACAUGCUGGACUCUGCGAGAAGCAUUACCGGGAGUAUCUGGUCAGCCUGAUCAACAGCCACUCUAUCGACCCUGCCCCCCUCUACAGCUCCAACGAGCUGCUGCUGGCCUGCAGGAGGUACAAGGUGGAUGACACCCGUAGGGACGGAGAGGAUGGCUUCACCUACUACAGCAGACUGCUCGAGAAACUGAUGGAUGAAGUACCGCUUGGCGACAAGGUACCUCGUAAGAAAUAAUGAAUGCUUUACUUCCUGUUUCUUGUUUUCUUCAGUCCGUAUGACUUGAGAUUUGGCACAGAUGUACAUCUCAGUGUUUUCUACAAAAAGCCUCUUGGACAUUAAACACCACUAUGAUGGAUUUUUUUCUAUAAUGUGAAGAAUGGUCAUAUGAUAUAGACUUUUUGAAUUCUGAAUCUGUCAAAACCACAUUUGGUAUAAAAUAUUACUGUACUGACAUAGACAGUUAUGUUAUAAAUGGCGAAGAUCUAUAAAAAAUACAUGGCUGCCAUCAAUUGAAAAACUUUGCAAAGGGUGUGGCUCAGCAAGCUAGAACUGAAGCUGUCUUGAAGCAAUCCUGAUUAAACUCAGUUAGGACCUCUAGCACUGAGCACAUACACCAUUAUGCUGUCAUGCUGUCGUGAAAACUGUAUAAGUGAAAACAUACCCUGCAAUCUGAGUCAUCUGAAACAUGGCAAAAAACAACUUCUCCUUUCAUAAGCCUGUCAUUAACUUCAGCCAGUCAGAAAUAUUAAUAAAUGCACUGAAGUAGAUUUUAUCAUUGAGCUCACCAAUUUAUUUGCUAUAUGGUAGACAAGGUAAGAUGUCAUUUACUACAUGGACAAUUUGUUGACAGUUUUGGACAGUUUUUCUCAGUAUAGAUUGUGUAAUGAAACAAAGAUGUGAUCUGUCUCAUUCCUUUAAACAGAAUUAAACUAGCUGAUGUGACUUUGUUCGGCUUUGUCAAGCCUGAAACCAGCUCGUUGCUGCUCGCAGCCUUACUUGUGGGCAUUCAGAAUUUGCUGAUAUUCAGGAGAAUUCACUCUCCCCUCUAUACAUGCACUGUUCAUGUGCCACUGGCUGCCAAACCAUCCCAAAGCUAAAUAUUUACACCCCCAUGCUGAGCAGUUGGCAAGGUAUUUUCUCCAUCAAUUACUGCUCCUUUUUUCUCUCAAACACACCUUUGGUGAUCGUGGCCAAAGAGUUAAGUUUUAAUGUCAUCUGUCACCAGCACUUAAUUCCAAAACAAACAGAACUCCUUACCCUGUCUGUAAGAGUGAACCCAGCCACCUUACGGAUGAAGCUCAGCUUGUAUUCGCAAUCUCAUUCUUAUGGUCACCACCCAGAGUUCAUGAUCUUGGGUGAGAGUUGUAACCUGAAUCAAGUGGUAAAUUGACAGCUUUGCCUUCUGGCUCAGCUCCCUCUUCACUGUACCAGUCUGGUACAGCACCUGCAUUACUUACUGCUACUUCAAUUAAGGUCUAACAAAUUCUAAAGUAGAGGGCUACCCAUACUUCCAGUGUUAAGUGUUCAUUUUUAAUUUUCACGGGUGGCCAAGCUUUUGUUUAGAGAGCACAGGUGGCUGCAUAAAAAGCAUUCAGUCCACCUCUCAUGCCAUUAUCAUGGAAAACAAAGUGAUUCCACUGAUAUCUAAAAAUGUCUCUGUUUCGUUUACUUAUGUGUCACUUUAUCAUAAACUCUACUUGUGUCUCUGUCAGGAUAUUGUAGAGAUGGACAGUGACUGGAUUGGUCUGAUUGUUGGCAAGCUUUGAUCUAAUCCUCUGAACUGAACCUAUUCUAGAGCAGGGUAGCAGUGCAGCAUAGGUUAUCAUGGUGAUCAUCCCCAGGUUGAUACAGAAAAACCUGAAUUAAACCCAAAGAUAGCUAGAGAACUAACUGAUCUCACCCUAUUGUGUUGAAUUGCAUAUAUUUACCAUGCAUACAUUGCAUACCUCACUUACCUUGCAUACAUACCAUGAAAUUCUUUUUACUGCACAUUUGUCUUUGUUUGGUUUUAUUUAUUUGAUGUAAAAUAAAAUACUAUUAUUGUGCAUGGUUAUUCUUGACAUGUGAGUAUUGUAUUGGAAUCAGAUUACAGAUUUUAACAGUAUUUACAGAUGGUUUUUGUCUUGUAUUGUGUUGGGUGCUGUUAAAGUGUGAUUAAUAUGCAGCAGUAUGUUCAACCUGAUGAAUGUGAACUUGUGUUGAACAGGUCUGUAACUUGCUGAUGAAUACAAAACUACUGCCUUGUUUGACAAAAGUGUCAUUCUCUUGAAUCUACUGUAUUGUACUGUACAGAUACAAAUCACAAGUGUAAGUCCCAGUCAGAGUGCAUGCUGUAUUCUGUACUAUGUCAAAAUAAAUGUUAACAGUUGA